AUUUCGUCCUAUAAUACUAAACACACUCAGAUCGACCUAUUAUUCUAGAACUUUCGUACGAAGUACGGUGAAUUUAUCUUACAAAAUUAUAGGAGAAAACUCUGUAGAGCCAGACGAUGAAGAACCCGCAGUAUUCAUACUUCAUGAGUUAUUGGGAAAUAAACGGCAAUGGGGGAGUUUGGCCAAAACAAUCAUGAAUAUAACGGGGCGACAAUUAGUGGCUGUAGACUUAAGGAACCACGGCGAAAGUCCGCACGCAAAUUCACAUAAAUAUGAAGAAUUGACAAUGGAUGUUAUAAAUUUAUUCGAAAAAUUGAAGAUAAAUAGAGCCACUAUUAUUGGACACGGUAUGGGCGGUCGGACAGCUAUGUGUGUGUCCUUAAUUGCGGCCAAAAGAGUAACCGGUCUAAUAAUCAUAGACACAUCACCAGUUUCAACACCCAAACAAUUAAAUGAGGAGUUUCCAAAAAUAUUAAUUGCGAUGAAGUCUGUUGACUUCAAAAACGCGAAAAAAGUAAACAACGCGAAGACUGAGGCCAAGAAACAAUUGGAAAAUAUUGUGACUGACGAUUUAACGAUGGACACCGUCCUGUCGAACGUGAAGGUGAAACCAGACGGGACUAUAGGCUGGGCAUGCAAUGUGGAAAUUUUCAUAAAGCAUUUCCCUUACAUAAAAUCGUUUCCACCAGCGAUGACAGUGAAGCAAUACUACGGUCCCACGCUGUUUAUAGGCGGACAGAUGUCGGAGUUCCUCCCGUGAGUUUGCUUCAUUGAU